UCUGGACAUUGCCUUUAUUAUCACCACUCACAUCCUGUUCACAAGUGGUGUCAGAAACGGGAUUUUACAAUGGACCCUGCAGCACUGAACACCAUGAUGGAGGCUCAGGCACGUAGGCAUGAAGAGACCUUGGCAGCGGUGAUGGAGAGGAUGAAUGCCAUGUUCCUCGCGGCCAACCAGAGGAGGGAACCGGUGGCCGAACCAGCAGUAGCGCCUCCGAAACCUAAAGUGGUGAAGAUGUCGCUGGAGGAUGAUCCCGAGGCCUAUUUAACAUCCUUUGAAAGGCAGGCGACAGCAGCCCUAUGGCCUCGGGAGUGGUGGGCUACCCAGCUGGGACCCAAUCUGAUCGGGGAAGCCCAGGCAGCCUACCACGCUUUAACCCAUGAACAAGCCAUGGAUUAUGAUCUUGUAAAGAAAGCCAUCCUUCAGCGACUGGACAUCACGGAGGAGACGCACCGCCGCCGGUUCCGGGAGUACCAACGCCCAGAAGGAGUCCGACCCCGAGUAAUGGCCCAGCAGUUGGUGGACCAGGUGACCCGGUGGCUCUGCCCUGGUGAACGCACAGCAGAGGAGGUGGCUGAGAUUGUCACCAUUGAACAAUUUAUACAGUUGCUGGGGCCAGAAGCCAGUAAUUGGGUCAGCCGGCACCGGCCCACCACGCUGGACGCCGCGGUCAGGUUGGCUGAGGGGUACGAGGACUCUAUGCCCACACCGCUGCCCACCCCGAUACAUUCCACGCCGACCUUCAUCAGACCCAGGAUGGCGGGCCCAAGGCCGGGGCCCCUUCACCCACACACACCCUUCACGUCUGGACCAGCACCCUCACGUUCCCCAACGGGUGGCCUCGCUCCACAACACUGGAGGCCGAGGUCAACCCCCAGCUGGGGUAGAACAGGGGCCCCCUCCCCGCUGUCAGGUCGGCAGCGGGACAAUCAGGCUCCGUGGGCGCCUCUCCCUCUGGAAUGUUACCGGUGCCAUGGGGUCGGCCACCUUGCCCGGAAUUGCCCCUCAGCAAUGGAGUGUGGUGCGGCUUCGCAUUAUUUGGUACCGGCGACAGAGGAGGAGUGAGAGUCGGGAGCUGCAGCCGCGGAGCCAGCAUUAGACCCGGAGCACGUCCCUCACAGCACAACACAGCACAGCACCAGCACUCACCACGACCCCGGAAGAAAGAGCACAGUUUCGUGCACGGAGGAUUGUGGUUCAGGAGUGUCAUUCUUUUGUUAAUAAGGACUGUAAACCUGCCGUGUUCCCCCCGAUACCAUCGCUGGCAAAAGGG